CAAAGUAGUUUUGAUGGACGGCGGCAGCAGCGUGAAGUCGCAGUGGUUUGCACUCUCAAUCGGUUUUGCAUUUACUCUUUCUGCUUCCCUUUAUUUAUGGACGAAGAAAUCGAACCCGGAUUUUCCAAACAAAAUCCUUGUGCUUCAGGCCUCCUUAAAGGCCGCUCUCGACAAAUGCGCUGCUGAAAGACAAGGCCGCAUUAGGGCUCAGAAGGCUUUAAGGGAGGCAUUGAGCAAGUCCAGCUAUGACAAGGUUGAAUCUACUUCAUAUCCCAUGGCACCUAUCGGAGUAGUCCGCUCAUGUUUCUCUACACGGAAUGGAACUCCAAGACAACCUUUGCUUGUACCUCUAGCAAAAGCAACCUUGAUGUUUGAUCCUGCUCGGGUUCCUCAAGCAUCUCUUGAAGGCCUUGAAGGGUAUUCUCACUGCUGGAUUAUCUAUGUGUUUCAUCUAAAUACAGAUAUUGAAAAGCUAUGGAAGCAUCCAUCUCAGUCAAAAUUUAAAGCAAAGGUUAGAGUGCCAAGGCUGAAAGGUGAAAGAAUUGGAGUCUUUGCUACGCGAUCUCCUCAUCGCCCAUGUCCAAUUGGAUUAACUGUGGCAAAGGUUGAGGCCAUAGAUCAGCAUAAGGUGUUACUAUCUGGCGUGGAUCUGGUUGAUGGUACCCCUGUCCUGGACAUUAAACCUUAUCUGCCGUAUUGUGACAGCAUUCAUGGAGCAAUAGUUCCUGACUGGGUAAAGGUGGACAAUGUGCUAGCAAUAGCUUCUGUAAACUUCUCCCAAGGCUUUUCAUCCAGUCUUGCAGAUUGUUGGUCACUGGUGGGAAAGAAGUCUCUGUAUUCUUCUCCGGAGGACUUCCAGUCGUUGAUAACGCAGGUGUUAUCAUGGGACAUACGAUCCGUGUCACAACGAAGUCGUCCGGUUAAGACAAAGGGCGGAAUAGGUGAUGACGAUAAUGUUGAAAAUACCAUCUGUCCUGCUUCGAAGGUGGAGAGUUGGCAAGACGAAGAAGCGUGUGAGCAAGAUUCGAGCAAUGUAGUUUAUCACCUUAUAUUGGAGGGCCUUGACGUUUCAUAUACAGUUGAUUCCGAUGCUAACGUUGUAGUUGAGAAGGUUACAUUACCAUCUCGCUUGCCAAGUUCCAACGAGAUGUAAGCGCUGCUGCAUAGUUCUAUUGUUUUGAAUACAAUAUAUGGCAGUAUAGGAACAUAGUUCUUUUUGUUGUUAUAUGAGAUGAAGUCAUAGUUCUUGUGUUGUAAUGAGAUGAGUAGUUUUUUGUAUACUGAUCCAAAGCUGGAUAUUAGUAAGAGGGUGAUUGUUUUUUUGA